UUUGCCCCUAACCGAGCUUCCCAGAAGGAGGAAUACCUUCCCGGUUUCCGAGACACGGACCCGACCUUCCUUCCCCAAUUACCUGUUCCUUAGUUGGCUUCCAUGGUUGUUCCUUCUCGGAAAUCCCGAAAUUUUCCUCCUUUAUAUACAAUCAUCGACAUCAAUCCCACAAACCCAUCUCUUCAAAAUCUUCAAUUCCUCUCAAUUUCAACCACUUCGACACAAAGCUUUGACUCUUCUGCUCUAAUGGCGUCACCCAAGUCAUCUACGAGACCGACUCAGCAAAACCCAGAAGCCAAUUUCCAGGAUUUCUUGCCUACGAUGGCGAGCAAGCUCGGCGGAGAGGCGCUGAUCAGCGAGCUCUGCAAAGGGUUCGAGCUUUUGAAGGAUGGCGAGAAAGGGGUCAUCACGUUCGAGAGCCUCCGGCGAAAUGCCGCGGCGGUGCUAGGGCUCGGAGAUCUGACCGACGACGACGUCCGGUGCAUGAUCGGCGAAGGCGACUUCGAUCGAGACGGAGCUUUGAAUCAGAUGGAGUUUUGCGUUCUCAUGUUUCGGCUGAGUCCCGAGUUGAUGGAGGCUUCGCGGUCGUUUGUCGCGGAGGCGAUCGAGGACGAGUACGUGAGUUUCACGCGCCGGCGUUGACUAGGAAACCCUCUGGUCGAUUCCGAGGGUCUCUUCUGACUGAUUCUUACGAUUUUACGAGUUUUUUCCCCUUUAAUCCAUUGUCGUUACUUGUUACUAUUGACAAAAAUACCGGACCAUAUAUGUUUAUGGUGUUUUCAUUAUUCGUAAUUGUUAAUCAAAAGAAAUUGGGUAAUAAAAUAUUAAAUCACUAAACCAAAAGCAAUAGUGACAAUUAGUUAUAAUUACAGAUAAUAUUUAAGAUUUAAUCUUAUGGUAAUCACCGGAGAUUUAAGUUUCCGCGUGAGUGAUAAUGUAGGAAAAUACGUGUAACCAUGCAGUCCAAGAUGUCCGGCAGAAGCCUCAUCAUGCAUUGUACGUAGAAGAAGCAACACGCUUUCGGUCAAUAAAGCAAACAUCAUCACUUCAUCAGCACGACAAGGAGAUAUGGGGGUGAAAUUGAACAUUUUAAAAGUAACGGGGUAAAAAGCGAAGCAUCCGUGAAUCACAAGCCAACUUUGUCAUCUCCUUUUUUCCAAUGACCCAUGAAGGUUUCUGAUGUUUCAAGAAACACCCCUAUUAUUUCAAUAUAUUAUUUUGAGAUCUC